UCCAAGACAGACACACGUUAGCUCGCCCGAGACCGUGGACGCGGAGGAUAAAGCGAAAAGAAGUUUGAGCUGUGACCUAAAGCCCUUCACCUGCCCAGACUGCCACCCAUGGAAAACUUUAACGGGCUGGAAACAUCACCUCGUACUGCGUGCGGAAGCGACUCGUGAGCUGGCCUGCGCUGUGAAGUUAUUAUUUUUUACAUGAAUAUCAUCCAGUCCCUUUAAAACGAUUUGUCCUGAAUCCUUUUCACCGCACCGGCAUCUUAAUCCGGAUUCUUCAUAUAUGGGAAAGGGGGAGUAAAGUGAUGAACAGAGCGGUACCGGGUCCCGGCGCGGAUGGGGUCCAGACCGUGAUCAGCCGGGACAGAGCCGUAGCCGGGCCAGUGGCGGACGCGGUCCAGCCCGUGAUGAGUCGGGACAGAGCGGUACCGGCUCCCGGCGGGGACGGGGUCCAGACCGUGGUGGGCCCAGACAGCGGAGACAUGCUGGACGGAGGGGCCGCCGGGGAGAAGCGGAUCUUCUCCAACACGGGGGCCGGACGCAGAGACGCUCAGGCCGUGGAGAACCACUCAGAACCUCCUCCGACGAACCCGGUGUUAGCCCCGCCACAGCAGGGCCCGACCGGGCACCGGACCACCUCUUUCUCCGUACUGGACAUUCUGGACCCCAACAAGUUCACGAGCAGCCGGCGACACCAGCAGCAGCACGCGAACCACCGAGGGGAGCGCGAGCCCAGCGCAUACGGGGCAGAGAACCGGAGAGAAGCCGCGGGGGAGCGCGAGCCCAGCCUGGAGGCCAGCAAAGGCUGCUACGGCGCCGAUGAAUACCCCAGCAAGGAAAGCUUUGUAUACAGAAGCCCAGAUGAGGAUGACUACCACAGAUCUGGGACCCCAGACUCAGAGGCUCCAGAUGGGCCCUACAGCAGUGAGGAGAGCAGCUCAGCUAUGCCCGGUAAUGAAGAAAGAGAUCUGGGCCAGCACAACCACCAGGACCCUGGCCGAGACACCACAAGCCCUGGAGGAGGCCCUGCAGUCCAGAACAAUGGGGGCCAGGGGCCGCAGGGCAAGCCCAAGAGGAAGCGCUCUGGCUCGGACUCCAAGUCAGGGAAGCCCCGUAGAGCCCGGACUGCCUUCACCUACGAGCAGCUGGUGGCGCUGGAGAACAAGUUCAAGUCGACGCGCUACCUGUCAGUGUGUGAGCGGCUCAACCUGGCCUUGUCGCUGUCCCUCACUGAGACCCAGGUCAAGAUCUGGUUCCAGAACCGCCGGACCAAGUGGAAGAAACAGAACCCCGGUGCCGACACCUCCGCCCCCACUGGCACAGGAGGAGCAGGAGGAGCAGGAGGUACGGGAGGAGCAGCAGGAGGCCUGGGCGGCCUCAGCCCUCUCAGCCCAUCCCCUCCAAUCAGCGGGCACCUGGCCAUGCACGCUGGCUACGCGGGCCACCAUCAUCCCCCUGCAGGCAGCCUGGUCCAGCUGCCUUUCCUCACCGCCAGCCACGUCCUGUCCCCCUUCAUGCUGGGGACACAGAGCUACGCUGCACCUGCCUUCUACAGCACACACCUGUAAACACACACACACCUGACAGAUCAAUCCUCAGACACACUCUGAGCCCAGAGAGACUGGAAUGUUUCAGUGUAUGAAUGAACUGCAACACAGCAGACAGACUGUCAGCGUGUCUCCUUUUUACUACCAACAUUUGAAGGCUUUAAUUUCAAGGGAUUAUUUUGAUAGAAUGUGAAUAUCUACCAGAAACUGUA